UGUCGAAUGUCGUAGUAUGAAUAUUGUAUUACGAAGAAGAGUUGCCGUCCUGUAGAAUCAUUGCCCGUUAUCGGCGACCUGACGAUUAAUGAUGGGUUAACCUCGGUCUCGGCGAGACUGACAUCUACAAUUCAUGGAGAGAUAUUUUAAAUCGCGCCGUGAAAUUUCUUUGAUUUGGAGUAUAAAUUUACAUGGCACUGCGUAGAGAGGAAAAUUUGACUGUGACGUCGCGGUUUCCUCGGUAACGUGACGGCGAUACAUGGUGGUUGAUGGUUGACAGAACCUUGUCAAUGUCUUCGAAUAUCUUCCAAUAUGCAUCCAUUUCCACGAAUCGCUAUGACCUGUACGCAGUCCUAAAUAGAUUAAGCAAUUAACAUCUAUCUGUCCUUUGACUGACAGCAGUUUACACUGCUGUCACUGUUAUCACAGUGUAUAUUGGGUGUAUAUUGUCACUGUCCUAAUCUUGUACUGAAGAUUGUAUAUCCUGAAAGUGAGCAUAAUGUCUGACGUAACAAAUUUACAUAAAAUAAAUUGCGUAAAUGAUCUCAUACAAAAGGCCAAGGUUGAUUUUUUGGGAAAGGAGCCACAUAAUAUAUAUUCAAGGCUUCCCGCUAUGCGACAGAAAUCUGAAGCAGCGAGGAAGAAGGGAGAUGAUGAGACUGCAUACAUUUAUUUAAAAAGAUGGUUAGAUUCGGUCGAAUGGAUAAAAAAAACUCGGGUUUAUAAAACUGGUAAAUCAAUCUAUUCCACAAAUAUGACUGUUGAUCAGAUAAAUGAAGCGAAAAACAUACUUGCAAACUUAGAACAAAAAUUAGAGAUACGCUAUGAGCUUAAUUCCAAGAAGCGUAGUAAUACAGUAGAAAAAAUGGAGGUUGAAACAGAUGGGAUAGAAGUAUCAGAGAUUUAUGCACCAAACAGCGACAUAGGCUUGAAAUUACCAGAAACACCAACUGAUGAUCCUUUAUAUGGUGAUAGUGAUGAAUUUAUAUCAUGCACUCAAUUGUAUAAUUUGUUACGAAAAAGUAGCAGAUAUUUGAUCAUUGAUACUAGGCAGAAGAUUAAUUAUGACAAAUCUAGAAUAUUGUCUGAUAGAUGCAUUAACAUUCCACAAUCUGAAAUUAAAACAGGAAUACUGGGUUAUCAUUUUUUGAAAUAUUUACAUAAAGAUAAGCAGUCACAUGAUUUAUAUGCUCAUCGAUCAGCACAGUAUGUGGAUGUUAUAAUCUUGCUGGACUGGAAUACUAUGCAAGAGUCUCUGACAUCCACCACUCAUAUAUGUAUAUUAAAGAAUAUUUUAGAGCAUUGGGAUCCUGGUACAAAGUAUAACAAGAUUAAGAUUUUAAAUGGUGGAUAUCAAGAGUGGUUGCAGAGAUACCCAGCAUUUGCGACAAACCCCAAUAUAGAUAAUCAAAUAACUGAAUCUAAAGAUAUUGAAAACAAGAUUUUAGAGACGAUCGAGUAUCCUGUAUGGGUGAACGAAGUCGAGAUCGCAAAGAGCAAGUUAGAUAAUACAAGAGCCUCCAACGUCAAUGUCGAUGAGGAAAUGGAUAAAGGUGACAAGUCGGCAGUAUCCAAACAUACCAGAUCGAGUAGUAACGAUAUUAUUUCUUCAACCAAAUCCAAGAGUUUUACUAGUCAGAUAACGAUAUCAAUCGACAGCAAACGACCGUCUUUGAGAGUAGGCGAUAGUGCGAAUGCGCAACGAUUAGAGAAUCCAGAUGUAUUAGUUCCUCAGCAUAAAAUAUCAUUGAACAAAGUGCCGCAGAAUGAGAUGAACGCGAAGCCAAUUAUUGAUCGCAGCAGCAAACCAGCUGCUUUGAAGACACAUGAUCCGCGAUGUAAAGAAAUAUUAAAGUUAAAGAAAGAGCUAAACGAACUAGCAAAGUCAAAAUUGAAGCUAGCUGAGGAAUUGUUAAAUCAGGAAUGCGAGCUCUAUUCCCAGCGUGAUGACAAGUACAGUGCCAGUGACGAAAAUUAUUUACGCGAUGAGAUAAAAUCUCUAAAAGUUAAAGUAGAGGACAUGCACAAAAUGUAUCUCAAGGUCGAAAAUGAAUUUAAUAUGUAUGCAAAGGAAACAGAUACAAUUAAAUUUAAUCCUAGUGACGACAAAGAGAAGAAUAAUCUUGAUUUCAAUCUCUCUCUUUUGAAAAACCAAAUCAAAGAAAAUGAAAGCAAACGAAAAAAGCUACAUGAAGAUUUUUUGGAACGGGAGCGCAGGGAAAUAACAAUGAGGCAAAAUGAUAGUGACAUUCACAAGGAGCCUUUAAAAACGGAUGGUUCAUCCAUUAACACCGGCUUGGAGCGCUCUUAUUCAAGUCCGAAUUUACUGCAGUUGGGAGAUCGUAAAGCACCUCAGGUAGAUAGAACUUCUAAGCCCUAUAUAUCGCCUCGCAAACAGAAUGGAUCUAUUGGGAAUGAAAACGUCAAAGUGUCUCCUCUUAAUUGGGGGAAUCGGGAGGAACGAAUGACUCCUAUUCACGGCAGUGUUCAUCCAGGCAUAACCGGCUUGAAAAACUUGGGCAAUUCUUGUUAUAUGAACAGCAUCAUUCAAUGUCUGAGUAACACAACGAAUUUGGCGAAAUACUUCACCGACAAUACAUACGCCGACGAUCUCUAUACGAGUAUCGAUAAUAUGACACAAGGCCAAGUCGUGGAAGAAGUGGCUCAAGUAAUUAAAGCGCUAUGGAGAGGCCAGUACAAAAGUAUAUCUCCUUAUGAUUUAAAGGUCGCGGUCGGGCAAUACAAAUUACAGUUUGAAAGUUACGAACAACAAGAUUCUCAUGAGUUUCUCACGUUUCUUUUAGACUGGAUGCAUAAUGAUCUUAAAAAGGAGGCGAAAAUGCCGAUCGAAAUGACCAAUGCGGAGAAGGAAUGGGACAAGGCGAUGAAUUCUCAAAGAUCCAUAAUAUCGGAUUUAUUUUUUGGACAACUGAGAUCUACCAUUACAUGUUCAUUUUGCAAGCAAGCAAGUACUACAUAUGAGACAUUUAAUAGUUUAACCAUGUCUUUAUCUCAGUCUAAUCGGUGUACUUUAAAUGAUUGUAUGGAGAAGUUUGUGACGGGACAGAAGGUGAGCGGAUGGAAAUGUCCCAAGUGCCAAACACCCCGCGACGCGACAAAGAAAUUUGAUUUCGUCAAACUCGCGCCCAUCGUUGUGAUUCACUUAAACCGUUUCGCCGAGAGUGGCGGAUGGUUAGAAAAGCGCAACACCGCCGUUGAUUUUCCCCUCAAGGGAUUCAACUUAAAGCCUUAUCUCGUUAUGGAGAAUACAAAGGCGAUCAUGACGAAUAAUAUCCGCAAUUACAAUUAUACUCUCUAUGCAAUGUCCAAUCAUUAUGGAACGAUGGAUGGCGGUCAUUACACAGCAUUUUGCAAAAAUGCUACUCAGGAUAAAUGGUACAAGUAUGAUGAUCAAACUGUCACGGAGGUAUCGCCGAGCCAAGUAAAAUCUCAAAACACGAGUGCCUAUUUAUUGUUCUAUACUUCGUUUCCGAAUACGAUCAUGUAGUAUGAAGAUGUGACCGCGGACGCGAUUAACACUCGGUUAUGACUAAAAUCUUAAUUUUAAUAUAGUGCUGUGUAAUCUUUCUCUUAAGUAUAAUAUCGCGCUAAAUCUUAGUCUUAUUAUUACGAGGAAGAUUACACAGUAAUGUGAUCGAUACUCUGUAGAUAUGAAACGGUAUAUUUUGUAUUAUAAAUCCUGUACAUGAGCAAGAAGAAAAAUAUGUAUAGGGGCUGUGACGGUAUUGAAAGCUUUAUCGGUGCUGGCAUUCAUUAAGAAUAUGUAAAUAUAUAGAACGGUGGCAAUUCCUUUCUGUAUUUCCAUUGCAGUUUUUUGCCUUAGAAAAAAAGUAAAAUAUAGUUUGAGAAUAUUUUAAUACGUGUAUGUGUGUAUAGCUUCAUAUAAUUAUAUUUAGAUAUAUUAGUCAGAUUACGUUGGAUUCAGAUACAGAAUA